ACUCAAGUAAUACAAAGUCAACAAGACUCAACGAAUCCCACUCAAACUAAUAUAAACCCUAAAUAAUAAAUAAAUAAAAACUGAUCGGAAAAAAUGGACCGGCCGGCAGGUUUGCUAGAUGAAGCACUUAAUAUGCAACACUCACAAACCGGGCGGCUGUUGUUAGUUUCGGAUUGUGUGGAAACUAGCGGCGCGUUCGUUUUACACCACCUAAUUAAACGGUUUUUAUCACCGUCUUCCGAAAAUAUCGUCAUUUUUCUGGCCUUUGCUCAACCUUUUAAUCAUUAUGACCGUAUUCUCCGAAAAAUGGGAUGCAACUUAGCCGUGCAAAGGGAGAAUAAAAGAUUCAUAUUUUUUGACAUGCUUAUGCUGGAGUGUCCAGAUGGCGGAGUUGAAGGUGGAUUAAUUGCUUUGUUUGGUAAUAUUCAAAAAGCUGUUGAAGUCAAUUCGUUAAAGAAAAACAUUAUAAUUAUGAUUGAUGAUAUUUCUCUUCUGGAGGUGGCUGCUAAUGGUUCUACAAAAGAUGUCCUGGAUUUUAUGCAUUAUUGUCACACAUUAACCACACAGUUUGGUUGUACAAUUGUUACUGUUGUUCAUGAAGAUAUCUAUUCAAGUGGAGAAGGAUUAACCCUUCCUUUACAAAUGGAGUACCUUGCUGACAUCACUAUAAAGACAGAGCCUUUGAUUACUGGUUUGGCUGCAGAUGUCCAUGGGCAGCAUGCAGUUGACAGUAUUGAACAAGGGAACCACUGAUGGAUCAGGAAGCUCAAAGGGCAAGAUACAUAAUUUCCGUUACAGGGUCAAGGAAAAUUGCGUGGAUUAUUUCUAUCCAGGGAGCUGCUCUUGAAAAUAUGUACCAUUCUGGUCAAAUCCUUUUUCACUAGUGUCAUGUAUUUGCAUUCAAGAUAGUAUUUUUUUUAAUUCUAGAAUCUAGAUGAUCUGUAGCUCCAAUGAACUAGGGAUUGCCGACUGUUUAAACCCAUUUUUUGCAUCAGGGAUUCCGUGUACUCUAAGAAAAGAUGCGCAUGACUGGGCCUUCGGGGCAUGUUUCGUCAAGUCGUAGUUUAUAGAAGAUUUUGUUUUGUUCA